GUUGGACGGAAGGGGACGCUACCCUCCAGUCCCCAGCACGUCCUACGAACCGUUUGUUAUUUCUGUGUAUAAGACAUAGUAUAUGCCAGCCUCCAUGCCCAGCCCCGCUCAGUCAAUCCUCACAACAACCUGUGAAGUAGGUAUUACUGGCACCCUCAUUUUACAGAUGGGAAAACUUGCCCAAAAGCAGUGGCAGAACUGGAAUUUGAAACCUGGUCUGAUGUCAGAGCUUUGCUGGACUUGCCCUUCCAGGCUGUUUUAAAAAUAUUAUGAGUAUAUUUUUCCUGAGUAUGACGAUCUCUACUGCAAGUACUGUUUCGUGUAUGGCCAGGACUGGGCCCCCACGGCGGGGCUGGAGGAGGGCAUCUCACAGAUCACAUCCAAGAGCCAGGAUGCGCGGCGCGCGCUGGUGUGGAACUUCCCCAUCGACGUCACCUUUAAGAGCACCAACCCCUACGGCUGGCCGCAGAUCGUGCUUAGCGUGUAUGGGCCGGACAUGUUCGGGAACGACGUGGUCCGAGGCUACGGGGCGGUGCACGUGCCCUUCUCACCCGGACGCCCUCAGCAUCCUCCUGACCCUUCAAAAGAAACAAGGCUCUCAGAGGACGCAGCCCUGGGGCGGGGCUCUGGCUCCGACUUGGCCACCCCUCGCUGGAGGCUCAGAAGGCUCCGCCACUUUUCCGUGGCUCAGCACAGCUGUCUGUGAAAACGUUUGUUUCAGGCACAAAAAGACCAUCCCCAUGUUUGUCCCAGAAUCUGUGUCUAAACUGCAGAAGUUUACCAGCUGGUUCAUGGGACGGCGGCCCGAGUACACAGACCCCAAGGUGGUGGCUCAAGGGGAAGGCCGGGAAGUGACCCGCGUCCGCUCCCAGGGCUUCGUCACUCUCCUCUUCAACGUGGUGACCAAGGACAUGAGGAAGCUGGGCUAUGACACCGGGCCUCCGGACACACAGGGGGUCUCAGGGCCCAGCACACCCCAGGGCCUCUCCCGGUGAAGGCAUCGGCCCCCUGGGACGGCCCAGCGACCCACCUGCCUGACGUGCGUCGGGGGUGGCCGGUGUUUGUGUAAUAAAGUGUUACCUUUUCACAGA